GGUAGGGCGCGGUUUCUGGAGUCCAGCUGUAACCGGUUUCCGGAGACGCUCGUCACACGGCAGCGCUGUAUGGUCAAACACCACAACAAAUAUUCUCCGGAGCGGCUUAAUGAUUAAGCUACAAUCUUCAAUGAGUAAGCAUAUUCCACAGUUCUGUGGUGUUUUGGGUCACACAUUUAUGGAGUUUCUGAAGGACAGCGGCGACUACUGCCAGGCUCAGCACGGCGUUUAUGCAGAGAAGUGAACGGCUAGCCUUGCUACCUCAUCAGAAGAGAGACUUGUGUUAGAGUUUUAACGUUGGCGCGAUCGGGCUUGGAGAGCAGGCGUCCACAGCAGUCAGCGGUUCUGGAUGGGGUAAAAAAAAUCUCUUGAAGUUCACUGCCCUCGUUGGCCCUGCGUCUUCACUUUCACCAGAGGACCAGCCUUGUUUUCGAAGGUUUUUGUUUGUUUUUUCUCUAUUGUUUUUUUUUUUCUACUAUUAAUCCCGCCCACCUCUAGGUAAUACCUUUUUUUCUCCUAAUUGGACAGAUUUUCUUUUGUCAUUGGAGAGUUUCUCCCAUUUUUCUUUGAGAUUUUUGAGCUAUUUUGAAAACUCAAAAAUGGCUCGUAUGAAUAGACCUGCCCCAGUGGAGAUCACUUACAAAAACAUGAGAUUCCUCAUUACCCACAAUCCCACUAAUGCCACGCUUCACAAAUUCAUUGAGGAACUGAAGAAAUAUGGGGUGACAACAGUCGUUCGAGUGUGUGAGGCCACGUAUGAUGCAAACCUGGUCGUUAAAGAGGGUAUUCAAGUUCUGGAUUGGCCCUUUGACGAUGGAGCUCCUCCUCCUAACCAGAUUGUUGAUGAUUGGCUAAAUCUUCUUCGGAUUAAAUUUAGGGAGGAGCCAGGCUGCUGUAUUGCCGUACAUUGUGUUGCAGGCCUUGGAAGAGCCCCAGUUCUGGUCGCUCUGGCCCUGAUUGAGUGCGGGAUGAAAUACGAGGAUGCUGUUCAGUUCAUUCGACAAAAGCGCAGAGGAGCAUUUAACAGCAAGCAGCUCUUCUAUCUGGAAAAAUAUCGUCCCAAAAUGCGUCUUCGAUUCAAGGAUUCCAACGGCCACCGCAACAACUGCUGCAUUCAGUAACAGCUUGCAAAACAGCCUUUCUCAAAUGUGUAAUGGGAGUUUGUAUCUAGCAUAAGUAGUUUGCUCUCUUAGUUGGUAACUGUGAAAAUACCGUUGCAAUAAUGAAAGGGAUAGUUUGCCCAAAAAUGUAAAUCAAUAAGUUGUUUCAACCCUGUAUAAGUUUAUUUCUUCUGUUGAACACAAAUGAAGAGAUUUUAGAGAGAGAGAGAGAGAGAAUUUGAUGGUCCCCAUUGACUUCCAUAGUGUUUUUCCUCAAUCUAUGGAAAUCAGUGGGGACCGUGAACUGUUUGGUUGCCUGUAUUCUUCAAAAUAUCUUCUUUUGUAUUCAAUUGAAAAAAGAAACUCGUACAGGUGUUGAAUAACUUAAGGGUGCGAAAAUGACAGAAUAUCCAUUUUUGGAUGAACUAUCCUUUUAAGCUUAUUUGGUUACAAGUGUCCCUCUUCCUUCUCUUUGUUUUAUGUAUUUCCUGUGGAGACUCAGCAAGGUAAAGUGUUUAUGUUGGUUGGUGAAACAUGGUCAAAUCCCACCUCUGCCAAACACAUAAUAUGCUUUAUAGUCUAAAGGGUUCAAUUAAAAAAAUAGUUUCAUUCAUUUUCUUUUUCAUUUUUUUAUUGAUGAUUUCAGCCUAUCUGUAUUCGAUGCCUGCCUCCAAAAAAGAUCUAAAAUAAAUGCCUUGUUACAGCAGAAAGACACCGUCUGGUGGAGGAGUUCUCAGUGGCAUUUUAAAGAGGUUUAUCGAUGUCUUUUGCAGAAAAAAAUCAAGAAGAGAGGGAAAAAAAAAAUUGAGGAAAAUAAAUUCGCUUUACAUAAAUAUAUUGAAGGGCGGGGUUCUAGUUUUUGUUGUUUAUCCAAACUUUGUUUACCUAUUACUGCCAUGUCAAUAGUGUGAUGUUUGUGUAUUGGCUUAAAACUGGACCUCAAUGUCUACAGUAUUUUUAUGCCUUUUUAUUUGAUAUAAUAACUUAAUAUUUCGAUACUUGAUUUAUGUGUGGUAUUUGAUUAUGUGUACUGUUAAAGCACCUAUUUAUAUCAAUGGAUAUGUGUUUUAGUAUAGUGAAAGACAAGUUGCUACAAGUUUACAAUACGAGUACAAUAAAGAUAAGGAACAUA